AUGUUUGUCUCAAAUAGAGAUGUUAAAAGUCCGGUCCGGUUCUGGAACCGCAAAGUCUGUGAGCUGGACGAACUGAACUGCAGUCCCAAAUCUGUCCCGGACUUGGUUCAAGAACUGAGUUCAGAACUGCGGUCCCGGACUGGGUCCUCAGAGUGCGGUCCUGUAUUAAUAGAUGCACGUGGAGAUGAAAAGACUGCUAAAGGACCGGGUUCUUGGUUUCUUGGGACGAACCGGUUAAAGUCCGAUCCCAGACUCAGUCCGGACCUGGUUCAUGCGGACUACUUAACAUCCCUAGUCUCAAAGUUUCAACAACCAUUAGCAAUUGCUUUCAUGAUUAGAUCUUAUGUAGCGCUUAAAAAACCAUUUGUUUCAGAUGAAAAUCAAAAGUAA